AGCUCCGAGGCGCGCUCCCGGCAGUAGAAAGCAGCGCGCACGUCGCUGAGGCCCCACAGCUGCUCGGAGACACGAAGGAUCAAAACAUCCAGAAGUUACUGGUCCCGCAGCGGCUCCUCUCCAGAACCCAGUCCACCGCCAGUUCGGAUCUAAACUCGACCCAGUGCUCAUCAUGGCGACCGCUGCGGUGUCCGCCCCCGCCGGAUCCGGCCCCAGCCCCGGCUCGGCGGCCGAGCUCGUCCGCGGCCAGGCCUUCGACGUCGGGCCUCGGUACCACAACCUCUCGUACAUCGGGGAGGGAGCCUACGGGAUGGUGUGCGCCGCCCACGACCGGGAGAACAAGGUGCGCGUGGCCAUCAAGAAGAUCAGCCCCUUUGAGCACCAGACGUAUUGUCAGCGCACCCUGAGAGAAAUCAAGAUCCUUCUGCGCUUCAAACACGAGAACAUUAUCGGAAUCAACGACAUCAUCCGCACGCCGACCAUCGACCUGAUGAAGGACGUAUACAUCGUCCAGGAUCUCAUGGAGACCGACCUGUACAAGCUCCUGAAGACUCAGCACCUGAGCAACGACCACAUCUGCUACUUCCUCUACCAGAUCCUACGUGGGCUCAAGUACAUCCACUCUGCCAACGUCCUGCACCGCGACCUGAAGCCUUCCAACCUCCUGCUCAACACCACCUGUGACCUCAAGAUCUGUGAUUUUGGUUUGGCUCGCGUGGCUGACCCCGACCACGAUCACACUGGUUUCCUCACGGAGUACGUGGCCACGCGUUGGUACCGAGCACCUGAGAUCAUGCUCAACUCCAAGGGCUACACCAAGUCCAUAGACAUCUGGUCCGUGGGCUGCAUCCUGGCGGAGAUGUUGUCCAACAGGCCAAUCUUUCCUGGGAAACACUACUUGGAUCAGCUCAACCACAUUUUGGGGAUCCUCGGUUCUCCCUCUCAGGAGGAUCUCAACUGCAUCAUCAACAUCAAGGCCAGGAACUACCUGCUGUCGCUGCCCCUGCGCUGCAAAGUGCCGUGGAACCGCCUCUUCCCCAACGCCGACCCCAAAGCUCUGGACCUGUUGGACAAGAUGUUGACCUUUAACCCUCACAAGAGGAUCGAGGUGGAGGAGGCCCUGGCUCAUCCUUACCUGGAGCAAUACUACGACCCCACAGACGAGCCCGUCGCUGAGGCUCCGUUCAAGUUUGACAUGGAGCUGGAUGAUCUACCCAAAGAGACACUGAAGGAGCUCAUCUUUGAAGAGACUGCACGUUUCCAGUCCGCCUUCAGGUCCUAACGUCUCACACAGAUCUCUGUGGACGGGCCUCUGCGUUGCCACUGCUCCUCCCUGCCUCCACACUGUUGCUGUGAUAUAAAUAUCUAUUCUGUUUUCUUUCUCCUGCUUUUCCACAUCACCUGGAUUCCUUGGGUCUCACUCGUCAAGUCCACUUUACUCAGGAAUGGCGUCAGGAAUCAAUCAAUCAAUCAAUCAAUCAAACAUUACGUCUCUUUCCCCCGGAGGUGAAGGGUGAGGGCAGCGGUGAGGGAGGCUGGGGGUGCAGAUCACAGCUUACAGUUUGGGGGAGAUUUUUGUGAUUUAAGCCAAGAUAAACAAUUUUUGUGUGUGUGUUUGUGUCUCAAAGGCAUUUUGGCUCUGGCUUUUCUUAUUCAAGACCUUUUCAUGUCCAGCGACAGACGAGCUUCUUUUUGUGCAACCGUCGCUGUGAUAGCUCCGCCUCCAUCGCACAAACGACGGUUUAUUACGUAGAAAGAUUCAUCGUUAAAAAUCAAAGGGUCUUUUGAAUUUUCUAACCUUUGACGCACUGUUACAAGGGAGCAUCUCGAUCGUGUGUCUCUCUCUCUCUCGCUCGCUCGCUCGCUUUGUGUCUUUUGACAAAAGAAAAACACAAAUGAAAUCAACUGAUUUAUGCAAUGAAAUCACAUGAUCAUCUCCUGCGGGCCACAAGCCAUCACCCGGUGCGGACGAGGAUCGAUUAAAGUCUUCAAUCCUUAAAACACUCUCACCGAGGCCCUAAUGCAAAUACAUACAUAUAAAUAUGAAUAUAUAUAAAUAGAUAUAUACAGCCUAAAGAGUCUUAAGAUAUUUUAACGGCAGGUCGGACGACAGAAGGUGAAUCAGAUGAAUUUAUAACCUUUUUCUUUUUAUCAAAAAACAUUAAAAAAAAAAUGCCCGUUUUUAUUUCCCCAUCGGCUUCAGUGAGUCGUCAAUUUGUGUCGUUGAUUUAAAAAAAAAAAUCACAUUUCAUGAUGCGCCGAAAAGUUUCACCAUCGAUUUCUGCCUUAGCCAUGAGAACCUAAAGGAAACGUGAAGUGGAAUCCACACGCGUGUGUGUGGACAGAAUGUUUUUCAUAUUUGGGGGAAGUCCCUGCGUCAGGAGAAGAAUCCAUUCACCACAGAGGCUCGUUGUCGCGCCUCCUCUUUCUCGUCCCGUUCCGUGUUUCAGUUUUUUUCUUCGGCCUGUGUCUUUCUCUCUCUCGCCUUGUUAGAAAACAACUGUGCCCUUUGCAUGACUGUUAAAAGCUCUGUAUACAAAGACGACGAUGUUAAGUGCCACACGAGCCGGGCAGAGCCGCGGGGAGAGCGCCGGCUCUUACCUUCUACCCUCUGUGGUUAAUCACACCUCCCAAUCACACGGUGCUUUGUCUGCUCUCUUUCUCUUUCUCCAGCGUUCUCGUCUCUUUUAGUUUUCAUCUGCAUCGAUGCUCGUUUCCACAGUUUCCAGUCUCCUCGUGAUGCAAAGACAUCGCCGUUGUUGUGGUCGCAAAUAGGAGAAUAACCAUAUAUCGGUAUUUAUACCAAUUACAACACAAACCUGUUGUUUCCUGAACCUGAGAACUGGGAUCCAGACGUGACGCUGUUAGAAUAAUCCUCACAAGAAGCUGAUCAUGUUCUCCAUCGGUCCUUUGAGACUUUUUUCUUUUGCUUUAAUUGCACAUUUCCACGCAGAUGACAGUAGAUGACAGUAGAUGGCAGUAGAUGGCAGCGUCGGUGCCAGCAGGCGACUGCGCUUCAACUCAAAUAGAAGAAAUAUAUAAACACAGAACUGCAGCAGAAGUCCAAACCCUCGUUUCCCUUCUCGUCAGUAACUGCUGAUUGAAGACUGUUGAGUUAGAUUUUAUUUCAAGUGAAAGAAGUUAUGACAGCAAUGAUCAUAUAUGUGGAUUUGGAAAGUUUCUUUGGGGGGUUCGGUCACUGCAGCGUCUCAUGUUCAUUGUUCACGAGCCUCAGACACCGUCGGUGUCGUGGUGAAUCCAGGUUCUGGUCGGAUUCAGGUCCCUAACGAUCAAAACAAAGCAGAACCACAUUCGACACUAAAGCGUCUCCCAGUAGAUGAAAGUCUGGAUCCACCUGAACGGACUCUGUUGGCACUUAAAGAAAUCAGAGAUUGAAAUCUCAAAUGAAACUGUGCUUCUGCUUCUUCUUCUACUAACUGACGUGUAACGUUCUGUUACAGGGUCGAGCGGCAAACUCACGAUUUCUAUCAGAAGAUUCUUAUUCUACAUUAACUCGCACGUCGGAGGCAAGUUUGAGAUUUACAGACGUUUCUGGUCAAAUUAAAUCACAGUGGACAGAGUCAAAAAUCAAAUGUGAGGAGUCUGUGACGAGUUGAACCACCGGAGGUCGACAGAAUCCACAUUUACAGAUAAUGUGGAGAUUUUCAGAUUCAGCUGCCGAACCUGAGACGACAGCUGUGUGUGUUGUAACUGAUAAAAUAGUCCAAGUAAGUUUUCUGGAAAAAUAAAUUUGUAAUUUGCUGCUAAUGUAGAUAAAUUUCCGUCAAUUUUCAUCAUCAUACAACCUGUCAAUUUAUAUAAUUGUGGUUUGGUCUAAAAAUAAAUCCUGGUUGAAUUCAGAUAAAUGACGGUUUGAAAGUCCAGGAUAGUUUGAAAUGAUGUCAGUGUUUAAUAUUGUAUCUUGAUGAAUGAUAUCAAUGAUGUGCAGUUUGUCUCCAGCUGAGACGACAACUCAAAAUAUAUCAAUGUUUUUCAGUUUCAUCAAGAUCCAUCAAUGAUUUUCUAAAUAUUAGUGAAAUGUAUAAAAAAAAUAAAAUAAUAAGUUCUGUCUCACAAUGUAAAAACAAAACUCUGGAUCCACAGCGAAGUUGAACAGGUUCAUCUCCCGUCCUUCGUCUAAGAUUCAGAGUUUUGUGUUAUCUGAAGAAACAGACAGACGGGGGGGGGGGCAACCUCCUAGGCCGAGGUAAUAACACCGAGAUACAUCAAGUGUUACAGGGGAAAAAACCUAAAACCGUUUUUCUCAGAGUUUCCUCUUUGCUUAAGAAUAAAAAACGUAUUUUUUCUGUCCACUGAGAUUUAUUGAAACGACGUUACGACCAAAUCUCAUUUCAGUAAUGACAGUUUUUUGCACUCCCACAUUUCACCUGCAGAGACGUGAGGCAAAGACUCGUCUGUCCCGGUCGUCCUCACACUCGUCUGUCACACACUUACUAAAUGCACUUGCUUCUGCAGCAGCGGGGACGGGACUGGGAUGGGACUGGUAAUCCGAGGUGCCUGCUGGGACUCGCCUGUAGAUAGUCUUUUGUUUUUCUUUUGGGGGCGGGGGCUCAGUGAGAACAUUGCGGGCACUGGAAAAACCUUCCUGAUAUUAGUUGUAUUAAAAAAAAAAAAAGCAGCUUCUGCUGAGUUCUUUGUGCGUCUGUUUGUGCCUUUUUUGAUAGUCUUGAUAUCCAAGAUUUGACGUGCAGCUUCUGUUUAGUCGGGAAUCCGUUGUACUCGCAGUAUACGCUCUUAAAAAUGAACACAAUCAAGUCUGGGGUUGCGGGGGUGCGGGGGGGGAAUCCUUAUCUUUCAGUUCUGUACAUUUUAAAGAGAAUCCUUGCCACAGCUGUGUGAUUUGUGACUGUAUUGAAAAGAUGAAAAGCAAACAUUUAUAUUUUUUGCAUUACCCUUUUUUUUUUUUUUUCUUUGAUGUUUUUGUGCAGAUAUUUUUAUUGUAAGAUGAAUGUUAUGUUUCUAUCGGACACUAAUCUCGUCGUCUCCAGUGGAACUACUUCACUCUGUAUGUUUUGAUCAGUAUAAACCUUUAAUUGUGUAGUUGAACUUUUCUCAAAAGCAAAAAAGAAAAAACCCGGAGCUCCUCGGUUUGUGUGUUUUGAAGGUUUCGCUUUGAUCUGCCACAGAAAUAGUUUGAAUCGAUCGGUUUCAUUUUAUCGUGUGAAGGGUUUGACUUGAACAAAGCGUUUUCUGGGCUGUUAUUAAAAAAAACUGAACUGCCACUUUUGAAAGAUCUUUUCUCUUUGCAACUCUGCCAAGACAUUUGAAUAGACAUUAAAAACACUGAACCUUCAUCAAGUCUGUGACGUGUGUGUUUUUGAGCCACAAUCCAGAAUCUCGCGUCCAGAAGCUUCGUGGAGCGACGGAGGAAACGAUCAAUGUGUUUAAUGUUGUUUAAUGACACGAGUGGAAAUUCUUAAUAAAACUGGUUUAUUACUCCAAAA